AUGCUGUCCGAGGAUAUCAGUUCACUUAAAGAAGAAAAUGCCAGACUUAUGGAUAAGAUUAUUGGGCUUGAGGCAAGGAAUGUCAAGCUUGAGAAUGAGAAUAUGAAGCUGAGGACCGAAUUCAAAAGUAGAAUCGAAGAGUUGGAGAAGAGUAGGUCAGAUAUUGCUGGCGAGAAUGCUAGACGUGAUGAUGCAAUUGCAGAGCUUAAGGCUGAAGUAUUAAAAUUAAGGGAUGACAAUGAGGAGAACAAACAAGCCCAAGAUAUCUCUCCCGAGGAAGUUAACAAUGUGCCUAACCUCUUUGUAGAUCAUCCUAGUAACGACAGCCCUUCACCUUGUGAAGAAGAUAGAAAGACUGAGGAAUUCUUAGAUUCAGUGCAGAAGAAAAGUGUUAGUGAUGGGAUAAGGUUGAGAAAGCGGGAGGAAAAGCUUCAAAAACAAGACUUAACUUCAGAUGAUAAAAGAUCUCUACAGAAGAAAAAUCAGAGGGAAAAAUUUAUUCAGGAAGUGUCUUCAGACCUGAUACAGAGUGAUACUGACCUAGCCAAGCAACAACUGGUUACACUAUCUUCAACUUCAAGCCCAUGCAAGCAGGCAGAUUCCUCGAGCUUUGCGCAUUUAUACGAAAAACUUCGCGAUGCUGAGGACUUUGCUGAUCGUGCGGUCCAAGAAGCUAUUAUAUGUUACUGUCAAUUUGGGAAAGCUCUUAUUCAGAGACGAGGUGAGAUAGCAUCUGAGAGACAAGUUGAUCCGGAAUCCAAUGCUGUCAUCGACUACAGCAUUAAGAUAGAAACGUCCGCCUAUGCUCUGCCGAAAGAUGGUUUACCAAGUAAUGAAAAAAAUUCCGAAUUGUCACUUCCUGAUCUCAGUUCAGGAAGUGAUAAGAAAAAUUCUGAGUUGUCACAUAUUAAUACUUCUAACGCAUCGGAGGAACAAACAUCUUCAAAAUCUGGACCUAAGACCUCUGAUUUCAAGCCCAUCACUUAUGAAGCCAAACCUGAUCCAGAAUUAAUUAUCAAAUCCGUGUUAGAGCAUUUCACAUACUUGAAAUUCCGAAAUAGUUUUAGGGGAAUUGAUAAUUAUAAUUUUGUAUCACCUCAGCCGUGGAGCUCACCAUGCCCUAUUUGCAAUGGAAAACAUGGGAAUUAUGGAUUACAUGGCGAAUGGUACCGCGAAAAUGGGAAUCAGCUCCCUUAUGAUCCCGAAUUAGCGAAGCUGUAUUUCCAAGAUAAGUUGGAAUAUUGUCUUACCUGCAACACUUCAAUUAAUAAACUCAAGUUCGUGAUCGUAGCAUAG